CGUGUCACAUUAAGAUCAUAAACGUCAUAUCUACCUCAUGCAAGGUCACUUAUGUCUCUGGCUCUCUUAUAAGACCAUAACACAGAACAAGGCUUUUGUCGUGUGUAACGAUGGCAUCAAGUGAUAAAGUUCCGGUGGCGUGUCCUGCAAGCAGCGGAGAAGGUAAGGAGCCAAUGGGAGAUCCGACGAAGACAACUACCGCGAUGUUAGACAAAGGAACGGCGAUGUUGCAGUCUAUGAAACCGAUCAGACAAAUGAGUCUCAAUAUGUGUUCAUUUGCUUGCUAUAGCCACGAUCCUGGCCGUCAGAUCGAAGUUCAUAUGUACGGUCACCGUGUAAACCAAGACUUUCUCCAAUGUGCCGUCUACGAUUCCAGUUCCUCUAAGGCUCAUCUCAUCGGGAUCGAAUAUAUAGUGUCCGAGAAGUUAUUCGAGAGUCUCUCACCGGAUGAACAAAAGCUUUGGCACUCGCAUGACUACGAGAUCCAAAUGGCUCUUCUAGUAACUCCAAGGGUCCCAGAGCUUGUUGCGAAGCCGGAGCUUAAGAAUCUUGCCAAAUCUUACGGCAAAUUUUGGUGCACAUGGCAGAUCGAUCGCGGAGAUAGAUUACCAUUAGGUGUACCAUCAUUAAUGGUUUCGCCACAAGACGUGGAUCUCGGGAGGAUCAAACCGGAGUUGGUGAAAAAGAGAGAUGAAGAACAUGGAAUCUCGACGGAAUCGUUGAAGCCGUCACGAGAAGGGAUUUGCGGACCGGAGAAAAAGAAUCUGAUUGCUGAUUAUUGGGUUCGGUUUAGGAAAGGCUUUGCGCUUGAUGUUGUUGAGACAGAUAUGAAGAGAACAGCUCCCUUCCCGUGACUACUUCCUUUUCUUUACUGAGGCAUUAUAACUUCGUCUUAUAGUAUAAUAUGUACGGCUUUUUAGUAAGAAACUGGUCCAAGUUUAUUUUGUGUGUGGCAUGUGUAUAAAAUAAUGUCUUAAAGCAUUAUGUCUUUAAAAUGA